GAUGUACACACCGACUCAUUUAUCACCGAGACUGGAGCUUCGUCCUAAGCGGGUCAAGGCCGAACACGCAAUCAUGGACGCCAACAGACUCGUCCACAAAGGUGACUAUCCGGCUGCAUUACGCCUGUACAACAGACUCCUCGACGAAAGAAACCAUCCAGCCUAUUAUUUCAACCGCGCCUUGUGCUAUAUCGCGAUGGGUCAGCCUCACCUUGCUGUCAACGAUGCUCUCAGAGCGUACAUAAUGGCUCAGUCUGUUAUCGAUGCUACUCGUAGCAAAGGAGACGUCAAUGAUCACAUCCGCAGAAUCGACGCCCAUAUCCUCACCUACACCGACGAUUGCGCUGAUGCGUUGGCUCGUGAAGAGGAAUGGUGCACAGUACCAUCAACAAUUUUCGAACCUGAACACCAAAACUUCAAGCUGGCAAGAAUGACCAUUGUCGAGGAAGAGCUCGAAGAUCAAAAUGUUGAGAAGAAGGUCUUUACCCCAUCUCCUUUUGAUUUGAAAUACAAAGCUCUGUUUCGCUUGGUGGAUGCUCUUUCCAGAUGUGGACGGGGUCCAGCGUACAAUGCUCUACAUCUUCUCGGUGACAUUCUCAUGCCCAACGCCGUUGGUGCGAACAAGAAAACCUUUCAGCCUUUUGUCCGUCAGGAACUCGAGGCACUUGCCAAACGCGUACAAGACAAGCUGCUUGACGACGUUAUCGAGGGUAAGGUAUCCGUAGUAGAUCUACGAUUAACUCAGACAGGAUUCAGUCUCUUGAGCAGUGCCUACUAUGGCUUUGCUGAGUGCCCGAUCAACUACAACAUUCUCAACAACUGUAUACUGACGAUUGAUUCCGACUCAAUUGUCCAUUACGAAUACAAGUUUGGCAUGCCAGCAUCGCUAGCAGCUACUCAGGAUGUCUUCGAAGGCAUGGUGUUGUUCACCGAGAGCCUUCCGUUUGUCGUCUCUACAGCAAACACACCAGAUCAAUCAAGGCUUGCAACCGUUUGUGACGCCUGUGGGACGGAUCUGCAGAUGCCGGCACCUUUUGUUCUGCGCGUUCUGGUGGAAGAAUUGAAGCAGGCAGAAGCUGAGCUGGACGCAAAGAGAAAUGCGAGAGCAGCAAGANNAGGGCAGCUCGGGCCAGACCUUCUUCAGUUCACCAUCGCUGCACAGUCGCAGUUGAUACUCCACUGGGAACACCACCACGUUCAGGGUUCGUCGACAAAGACGGAGACACAAAGUCCGAGCAGAAAGUCCCUCAGGCAGAGGGGGAAAUAUUACGACGAAGUCCGAGGUGGCAAUUCUGAUGACGACUGGAACUCUGAAUCAUCAAGCGACAAGACUGACACAUGCUCGGAGCAUACAGCCCCUGUCGCUCCACUGCGUGGCAGAACGACAUCAAGACCUGGGAUCUUCGAAACUUCAGACCUUCAAAUCUGCCGUUAUGGUAAAGAGAAGCAACGUGAAAACUUCUCCUUUUGCUCGGUCGAUUGCUACGAAUUAGCAAAAGCCACUUACCAUGACAGUGUUUGUGGAUCUCACAUUGAGGACUAUCUCCGCAAAUCCAUAAUCCAAGUAGAGGAUUCAGGACUUCCGAGUGUCGACACCCAGAAGCUUGUUUUACUACUUCUUGUCCGGAUUCUUGGAUGGGCAUACGCCACAUCAACUGAUCCUUUGGACCAGCCUGUUAUCCAGUUGUUCAUGGCAUCUCCUCGCCAUUCGUCUUUGAAGGACGAAUCAUCGAUUCCGUGGUCUUUUCACAACAACGUCAUGCGUCCUUAUCAGAUGUACCAGGCCAUGGACGGACGUGGAGAUGCCCCUAAGUCGGUCGCCAACCCCGACUACUCCGAUGGUAGCAUAAUCAACACUAUCAUCUGUCUCAUUCAGCGCCAUAUGAUCACCAGCGACAGAAUNUUUUGGACCAAGACUUAUGACGAGGAUGGUUACCACGAGCAGACAUACCCUUACUCAGACAAGAGACAUACAGACAAGGACGAAAAUAACUUGUUCGGACGACUGCAUCCUUUGUGUGAUCUUGUCCCAUUGGCGACAAAGCCUGAAGAUGCAAAUGUUGAGCUCGUUGACUUAGGUGGCGGUCAGAUCGUUUGCUUGCCUGUGUUCGUCAACAGUACUGAUGACAUGAACUCUGGACAAUGUAUCAAGAAGGGCACUCGCCUGUUUCUUCGUGGCCCAACUCCUCGUCUCGCCACCAGAGAAGAACGCGCAACUUACGCCAAAGUAGAAGAUUACGGUGAGGGAGGUACGAUGGUAGACGCGGAGAAAGACGAAGAUCAACUGGUCGCGUGGGCUGGCGGCAGAAAGAGGGAUGAGGACUGC